AUUUAUAUUCUCUCUCUCCCUCUCAAAUCUCCACUUCCAUACCCACAUUACCCAAACUCAAUCAACACACCGGAAACAGUAUGGGACUGUCAGCCAACCCUAGCACAGUCGUCCUUCUGCUCCUCCCCCUCCUCCUCUCCUUACUCACGGCGGGGCCGCCUCCGGUCUCCGCCAAACUCAAAACCUCCAACAUCCAGUUCGAUUACUUCAACGACACCUACGACCUCGGCAAAGCAUUCGAGGUCGACUCGACCGCGACCAUACACAACGAUGCCCUCCAAGUCACGAUGGACUCCGUCAACUCUGCCGCCCUCAUCGACCAAUCCGGUCGAAUCCUGUAUAAAUCCCCUUUCAAGCUGUGGGAAGGUCAAAACGACACCGACAGAGUGGCGUCGUUCAACGCCUCGUUCCUCGUGAACAUCUACCGAGUGGACAAUUCUACCCCUGGCGAAGGCUUGACGUUCGUGGUGGCGCCAGACCUCAAUCUCCCGGCGAAUAGUAAUGGUGGGUACCUGGGUCUGACCAAUUCUGCAACCGACGGUGAUAAGGCAAACAACUUUAUCGCUGUCGAGUUGGACACGUUUAAAGAGGAUUUUGACCCGGAUUCGAACCACGUUGGUCUUGACAUAAACUCUGUCAGGUCCAACAUAACUGUCUCCUUGACCCCACUCGGAUUUCAACUGGUUGGCGAGGGUACAACGGCCAAUUUCUUCAACGUCUGGGUCCAAUACGACGGAAUCAAUAAGGUAAUCGAGGUUUACAUUGCUCAACAAGUAAACAAAACGGAUCCGACACCUCCCAGGCCCGCUAACCCGAUCCUGAAAUCGAAUUUGGAGCUCAGAGGGGUCGUCAAUCAGUACUCAUAUUUCGGGUUUUCCGCAUCAACAAGCAACGUAACCGAGCUCAACUGCGUCUUGCGUUGGAACUUGACGGUGGAGCACUACUACGACGAAAAACAAAAGUGGGUGAAGAUUGGCCUCGCCACCGGGAUUCCAACGGUGGUGAUCCUACCGUUGGCGGUUGUUUUGGUAUGUUUCUUCCGAAGGAGGUGGUUAACACGGCGGUCAAAUCAGCAAAUGUCGGGAAAGGUGAAGAGCAUGCCCGGGAUGACGAGGGAGUACGAGUACAGAGCUUUGCAGAAGGCUACGAACAAUUUCGACGACAAGAGGAAGUUGGGAGAAGGUGCGUACGGAGUGGUUUACAAAGGGUAUUUGGCGAAUCGCGAAGAUAUGGAGAAGGGAGAAGUGGAGGUGGCCGUGAAGAAGUUUUCCAGAGAGAGUUUGAAGGGUCGGGAUGAUUUCUUGGCGGAGCUCGAAAUCAUCAAUCUUCUCAGGCACAAACAUCUUGUCCAACUACGCGGAUGGUGUCACAAGAAUGGGGAGUUGCUGUUGGUCUACGACUACAUGCCCAAUGGCAGCCUCGACAAACACCUCUUCAGUGAUGACAACAACAUGCCAUUGAGCUGGAAAAUCCGCCACAAGAUCAUCUCCGGGCUAGCCUUCGCCCUCCACUACCUCCACAACGAGUAUCGAAAGAGGGUCGUCCACCGUGACCUCAAGGCCAGCAACAUCAUGCUUGACGCCGAGUUCAACGCCAUGCUAGGAGACUUUGGCCUUGCAAAGGCCCUAGACAACGAAAAAACCUCGUUCAUAGAAGCCGGGGGCGUUCUUGGAACAAGAGGGUACAUGGCUCCCGAAUAUUUGGCCACGGGCAAGGCCACCGAGCAGUCUGAUGUAUAUGCUUUUGGUGCAGUUUUGUUGGAAGUGGUUUGUGGUCGUAGGCCCGGGACCCAAAUUGGCACGUACCCGUUGUUAGUAAAUUGGGUCUGGGCCUUGCAUCGCGAAGGCCAGUUACUUGAGGCGGUAGACAAAAGACUUGGGGAGGACUAUGAAGCGGAGGAAACCAAAAGAGUUUUGCUUCUGGGCCUGGCUUGUUCGCAUCCGACAGCGAGUGAAAGGCCCAAAUCUCAGGACAUUGUUCAGAUCCUAUCGGGCUCGAUGCCUGUGCCCCAUGUGCCGUCACUCAAGCCGCCUUUCGCAUUGGCGCCCGUGCCGAUGCUGGAGGAAGACAUCAGUCCGGCCACCAACACUACCGACACGAUGUUCUUUACGAGCCCACAUAAUGGAUCAGAUUGGACACCACAGACCAUCAACCCAGAAACCCAACGCUCAUACAGCGACAGCUUCAGUAGCACGUGAAAAUGUUCAACUUUUCUGGUGUUUCCUACCGGCCGCUAGUCAUUGAGAGGAGGGGGGAUUGCUUGUGUACAUUUGGUUGUGGUGGUGUAUAGAAUUAACUUUUCUUUCAGUUAUGUUUCCUGUAACGAUUAAGAGGAUUUGAUAACAUGUAUAUAGUUGUUAGAAGUCUAUCCUCUGGGUAAAGGUACCCUGUAAUUAGCAAAACCUUAGUUUCAGCAACUCAGACAGGCUUCAGAUGAACAAUGUAAGUUGCUCAAACAACUCAGAUAGAUUCUAUAAUUUAUAAAUAUGCGCCCCUUUUAG